GUGCCUGCUUUCCGGGGCCCCACGCGCAGGACCGACAUCCAGUGAAUGGCCAAUCCUCUGGCAGCGGAACGAGCGCUGCCCCGGGAGACGACUGGCGCUGGUGCUGACCCAUUUCUGUAAACUGGGGAACGGGGUUGGGAAACCUCUGUGACCCGCGCCAGUGCUGCCGGGGAGCCUGCGAGCGAGCGCGUGGGGCUGCGGCGACAGAAUGAGAGGUUGAACUCGCCCGUGACGUGCGUGAGAGAUGUCCAUGCAGGGGUCCGUGCUGGCGGUGGGGAAAUGGCUCGCCUGCCUGGAGUUUAUGCUGUUUCCAGUGUGGCGGGGCUUCGGCGCCGGCGCCGGCGGCGGUGGGUGGAGCCAGGGCUGGGGCCGCUGCCUGCGCUGGCAGCCCGGCGGCGCGGGGGAGGCCCGCCUCUCCGUCUUUGACUACCCCGUCUGGCUGGUGCUCUGCCGGCAGGGGCGCGCCCGGCUCAGGGAGGUGUGUCAGAGAGGGAGGGGGUCCAUCAGGCUGCCCACAGACAUGCUGAGCAUCAACCUCCCCCAGCUGUUUGACAUCCACCAGGUCCCAAAGGUGUUCCGGGAGGACAGCAUCAUCUCUGGGUACCGUCACCCACGGAGCUCGGCCCUGGACUGUGUCCUCAGCAGCUUCCAGAUGAACAACGAGACAAUCAACAUCUGGACCCAUUUCCUUCCAACAUGGUACUUCCUGUGGCGUUUCUGCGUGCUGUGCUCCACUCUGAACUUCCUGACUGACAGCUACACGUGGCCGCUCCUGGUCUACAUGCUGCUGAUCUGCGUCUACCCCUUCACCUCCUGCUGUGCGCACACCUUCAGCACCAUGUCUGCAGAAUCCCGCCACGUCUGCUACUUCUUUGACUACGGAGCCCUCAGCCUCUACAGUCUGGGUUGUGCCAUGAGCUACGGCUACUACGUCAUGCCAGACUGCUGGGUCAACAGUUUGCUCCACCAGCACUUUGUCCCCAUUGCCAUUGGAAACACGUUGUUCUGCACCAGCUUGUCCUGCUAUUCCAGGUUCCUGGAGAUCCAGUUUCCACACAAAAGUAAAGUUCUGAGGACCGCGGCCUUUGUCGUCCCUUUUAUUUUUGACACCACUCCUCUCGUUUACAGGAUCCUCGCGUGCUGCGGUGAGAGCUGCAGUCCAAGCGACGCCUUGUCCAACCACUCGUACCACGUGCUCUUCGCCUUCCUCACCUGCUUCCUGUUCACCGCCCACCUCCCGGAGAGGCUGGCGCCCGGGCGCUUCGACUACUUCGGCCACAGCCACCAGCUGUUCCACGUCAGCGCGGUGGUCGGGACCCACUUCCAGAUGGAGGGUGUGAUAGCGGACAUGACGUCCCGGAGGACGUGGCUGCUGGCCCACGGGGUGGUGCCUUCCUUCCUGGGGACCGUCGGGGCGCUGGUUCUCAGCCUGGUGCUCAACCUGGCCGUCAUUGGCAUCUUCAGUGCCCCGUUGCUGUGGGAACGCUGCCGCGGCCUGAAGCCGCCUCACGCGGCGCCGUGCGAGCGUAAGGAACAGUGAGUCUGAGACGGGACUGAGUGACUUUCAGGUUUUGGGCUCUUUGUCUCGGCCGCGUGUUUGUGAUCACUAACGAGAGUCGCUUAACACCUGUGGUUUUAUCCUUCACAUGUACAGAAAUGUGUUUGGUGAUGGAGCAUUUUUAUAAGCGCGUCGUGUUUUUACAAAAGCUGAGGACCCAACGACAUUUAUUGAAGUGUUCACAUGAAAAGAAACGUUUAACUUAUUUUUAAGUACGUUCAAAACGCCUUUAACUAUAAUAACACACACACACACACACACACACACACAAGUGCCUUAUUACACUUCAUCUACAGUGUUUACAGCAAAAUGUCGAAUCUCCAACUGGAAGCAUUCAGUGUUACAGUUUGCAGGGAUUAUAUUUUUGGGUUAAUGAUGCUUUGUUUGCGCGUGUUCGGCCUGAAACCCCUUUACCUUCGUAGAGAGUUAUUGAAAAGGUUCUCUGUAACUGGACUUUGCUUAGGUCCUUAUUCAACUCUGCAUAAUAUAAUGCAGAUUGAAUUGGCAGCACUUAUAUAUCCACCUAUUGAUUCCACUCAGCGAUGACUGGAAUUGAUUUGCAGGCCAGUGUGGUUCUCUUUCUGAUUGCUCGCCUUAUUAUGAACCCCACAAUCUGGCCUCAAUGGGGAACAAAAUGUUACAGUGUGGCAGUGAUUAAAAGACAGGUUCCAUUUUUAUAACGCUGCGUUUCCAUGGCAGCGCUAUAGCGGCCUCCUGCCCCCCGAAGGUCUUCAGCAGUUGUUAUAUUCUGAGCAAAUGGCACCACUUCGUCUUGUUCUUCUGUUGCAUAUUGUGAAGUCUAUUAUGAAUAUCUUAUCGUGUACUGCACUUAAAAUGGUUUGAAUUCAACUUGUACGUAUUUGCACAACUCCAGUCCAGUCACAUUGUGGUUUAGCUUUUCGUGGAAUUAAGAGAAACUGUGAGACCAACGUAUGUUUCGUCAUAUGAACGCAGGGGUUCACUGGUGUCAUAACGAACCGGCACAUCUACUUACUUUACUCGAAUUAUUUGAUCGUUCCGUGAGACAUUUACCUCAUUUACUUUUCUUUAUAGCAAUAGGAUUGUUUUCGCUUCUAGGUGCAACAGUAGCGCGAAGGAGGUGGGUUUUAGGAAGAAUCUAAUUCUAAUUACUCAUAGGCUGAAUAAUAUACUGAAAGAAUUACAAUCUCACCAAUGUCUGAUCAUAAUUGAGCCUUACAACAAGUGGGGAUUUUUGCUGGAGCGGAGCUUUCUGUUAACGUUUUAUAUUUCUCAUCUAAUGUUUAUGUAAGGAACUCUUAAAAUUCAAUUUUUAAAAAAUCUGAUGCAUAUUUUAAAGAUGGUUAAAGCAUUGAUGGCUGCAUAAGAUGGACUCUCCUCAUUUCUACUUGUUUGAGGACUUAAUUCCGAUGUGAAUGACUUGAUAAGUGGCGCAGAGGAGGCGAUUCAUCGGCGAUAUCGUCAGCAGAUGCUGCAGGGCACUGACCACUGUUCAGCUGGUUGUGUAGAGGCUGGCGACCGUUAACAUCCAGCAGCUACAGACUUCGGCAGACGUCUGUUUAUUACAUGCAGCACAUUCACACCUAGUUUCACUCGUAGUUAUUGCACACAACACUUGCUCGUCUCUGUUUUGAUGUGUUGUAGAGAGUUUAAGAGGGACAUGUAUGUGACAAUGGGGCUGCGGUGUGUUAUAGGUCCAUAUUGGACGCUAAGGAGGAAACGUCGGCUGUAAAGUGAAGGUGUAGAAUCACAAGCGCACACAGACACGUGUUUGUAUUUGGAGCGUGGCUUUUAUUCACCGUUGGUGUGGAGCAUUCUCCCGACUCGUCUCAUCCCCGCUGGGCGUUGAUCGAUUUGUGUUUUGCUCUACGGUCAUCAUCUUACAGCAUUCCUUGGUCUGACCCUGUUGAUUCUUGGAAUUGCAUCAUUACUGGCUUCUGAUGUGGUUUUGUGAGUAUCGACCCGGACUUGCUGCUGUUUUUGUGCCGUCUCGCUCAGUCUCAGUCGUGCACAGGUGUCGGCAGCUCCAGCGCUCGGAGAGGCUGCGCGUCGACGCUUCUGCAGCAGUUGGAUCAGGGCUGAUGUCUGUUCAUUCACUUAUGACCAAAUGAUACUAAAGCUACACAUCCAGACCAGGCCACUGCUCACACUCUAAACCUCGUAGCGUUUCUUACUCCACAGGUUUGUAAUUUUCAGGAAAACUGGGCACUUUUUUAAAAAAACAACAAAGAGCUGAAGGAUGUUUGAUAACGUGAUAGAAAGCACGAAGGCGAGUCUGACAAAAGCUUUGGAUUUAAAAAAAGAAAACUGGGUUCACAAGUAACUGGUGCUUUUUUUAAACUGAUGUUUUAUGUUUGUUUUGAUACAAGGUUUGAUUUUGAUUUGUUCAUCGGGUAAAUGAAAACUUUUCAAAUGUAUAAAUACAUAAAUGUUUUUUGCGGUGUUUAAUUUGUACUUUGUUGUAGGCUUGUGUAAUAAAUGAAGCCUUUUAUAAACUUAA